AUGCGCCUUACUAGCAUAGCCACAAUCCUUCAGAGCGCCAGUUUCUUUGUGACAAUUCUUGCUGUCAAGACCACGAAGCACAUAGACGAGGACACGAAAGCCUUUGAUUGCAACCUCGACCUACUUAGGGUGUAUGGGAUUCAGACAAUACAUCCCGUGUCUCCAUCGCACAGAAAAUUCCGUGAAUUUUACCCACUUACUGAUGAAAAAUUCAAUGAAUUAUUGCAGAAGCCGAACGAUCAAAGGACAGUGAUGUAUUCAGAUAACUUUUCUACAAAUAAAAGCUUUCAAGAAUUAAAUCAUAUCUCGCAUCAAAGUAGAACAGGAGCUCAAGCUACUGACACAGACUAUAUAAACGUAGUCGACCAAAACGAUCGUCAGUGUGCCGUGGUGUUGAGGAAGGUAACUCGUAGCUUUGAGGCGCAGGGUUCGGUGAAAGAUACAGUAACUUUUGCACUUUGUAACAUUAAAUGA